AUGCGUGCAGGAAACGAGUAUGAACCUGAACAAGGAUGGGCGUGGGUGUGGAUGGGGUGGAAUGGACUUGCACCCGACUCCGCCCACACUUGCACUAAGCACCGUUCGCUCCAGCUGGUAACACUCGAUGACUUCCGACCCGAUACUGCUGCUACUGACUCUACUGUUACUGACUCUACUGUUACUGACUCUACUGCUGCUGUUACUGACUAUACUGCUGUUUUUGCUGACUCUACUGCUGCUGUUAAUGGUGUGAGGAUGGUGGUGAGUGUUGACGGCCUGCUGGAGCGUCUGGGCAGCAGGUACCAGUUCUUAGUGUUUCUUCUGCUGUCAUCCUGCUUUAUGUAUGUCGCCCUUAACCACCACCUCCACAACUACUACCUCGCCACACCACCUCACCACUGUAAGCUGCCGGAGGGGUGGAAGGAGGAGGAGGCACUACCCGCAGUUCUGAUGGCAGGACCGAGGCAGUCAGGAGUACUUCGGGUCGGGUACUCUCGCUGUCGGAUGUACAGUGACCCACAGCACCACGGCAAAGGCACCAAGCCGUGUGUGUAUGGAUAUGUCUUCACGCUGGAUGUAGCCGAGUGGAGCAUCGUAGCCGAGUGGGGACUCGUGUGUGAACGUGUAUGGAUCAGGCACUGGGUGAUGACGUCAUAUCUCAUCGGCCUCGUGAUUGGUGGAUUAAUUUUCGGCUUCCUGGCAGACAGAUUCGGGCGGAGGAACCUGCUGGUGGUGAGUGUGGCGACUGUAGGGUGUUUGGGUCUCGCUCUCCACUUCGUUAGGAGGCUUAUAGUGUUCCUGAGUCUUCGUUUCAUCCAAGCCAUCUUCGUUCAGGGUGUUCACGUCACCAGCUGGACCUUGGCGGCGGAGCUCUUCCCUCCCAAGUGGCGCUGUCGGGCCCUAGUGGCGGGGGGCAUGGCCAGACCUCUGGGUGUGGCCAUGGGGGCUCUAGUGGCCCUCAUGGUCCAGCACUGGAGAGCCGUCCAAUUGGCUGUCUCUCUCCCUCUGCUCAUAUCUCUCCUCUACUGUUGGAUGAUCCCAGAGUCCCUCAGAUGGUUACUCACGAGAGGCAAGACUCGCCGAGCCAGACAGGUGGCCGCCCAGGUGGCUCGACACAAUCUCCUCACCCUCCCGCCCACUGCUCACGCCCAAAUGGACCACUUGGCCGCCCACGUGUACCUGGACGUCCCCUGGGGUAGUCUCCUGACGCUCUUCAAAACUCCGCGGCUGAGGAAAAAAACACCUUGA